AUGGGGACCCCUGGCUUUGCCGACGACGGUGAUGACGAUGGCGGAUAUAACGACUUCGGCACCUAUCAUUACGACUCGAACGGAUUUCAGGAUAUCGAAGGCAAGACGAAAACCUUGCACCUCAACUUGAAGACGACAUAUCAACCAAGUUGGGGAGGUCGAGAGGCCUUUCGCGAGUUUUACCAGAACUGGUCGACAGAAUUCAAGGAAUCCAAGACCACCAUCGAAAUCAGAGCCGUCAACAAGGGCGUCCUCAUGGGAUACAUCCUCUACAAAUGGGACAAAUAUCAGACGGGCACUCUAGAGCUCGUGAACUUCAAUGCAUCACUUCGAAAAGAUCACCUCGCACUUGGCGCAACUGCCAAGAAAGACGACGAUACGCAAAGUGGCCAGUUUGGCGAAGGAUUGAAGCUUGCAAUUCUAGUGUUUCUGAGGAACCCUCAGAAUAACGCCGUCCGGAUGAAAACUUCUAGCGUCACGCUGAACUUCAAGCUGGAUCAAGAGGGAAAUCUAGUCUGUACCGUCACAAAGCAUGACAAGGAAAAGGUGAGGGUGAACAUGGCGAAAGAGAGAGAUCGAAUCGCCAAGAAGGAGCGGCGACAGUUCAAAGCUAACACUUGGGAAGACGUAUCACUGGAGAUUGGCUUCAGUCGUAGCGUCAAGACCGAAACUGGCGAGCGUCAGAAGACGCCUAAGAUUUCUCUCCAAGAUUUCAAAGACUGGCUCACGAUCACUCUUGACAUCAAUCCUCCCACGGAUAUCAUCCAAACUUUCGCUGGAGACCUCAUUCUCGAUCCUGCAUACAAGGGGAAAACUUAUCUGAAAGGGCUUCUCCUACCAAAUGGAAGCGCAAGUGGCAAGCCAUUCCAAUUUGGAUACAACUUCUUGGAUGGCGAAACCGAUCGAGAUCGGGGUCGCGUGACUGAUCCUUCUGAUGAGGCAAGGGCAAUUGCAGGAAUAUGGGGAGCAGCUUCAAAUGCCAUCCCUGACUCAAGCUCUAUAAACAGGGUUACUGUGGAAUACACGAAUCUUUUGAUGACAAAGUUCACCGAACCUACAAUUUCAGCGAAUGUCCACUCGGCAGCCGAGCACAUCUGGAGAUCUACAGCAGUAAAGGUAUGGAAGUAUAUGCUCAGCCAACAUUCCCACGAGGAGAGCCAGAGUCAUCCAUUCUACUAUUGUCCAGGCAAAGAACCAGAGGGCGCGAAGGUCAUUCGAGAAUGCAUAAAACGCGAGCCUGUCCCGCUUGACAGAACUCUGUGGGGAGUCUUUCGGAAAUUCGGCCUAUGCCGUACCUCUCACGAGGAGCGCCGCAAGCGUUUCCAGGAAGCUGAACAAUCCGUGCUGCCCUCCACGUGCUUUGCCCAACAUAUAGUGCGAUCUCUCGAAGCCUGCCUCGCCUCUGACCCAGCUACGGCUGGCAAGAUAAUAAUCUUCGUUCAAGCCCACGAUACUGGUGUGGACGUGAUCUACUCGAACCUGGACACAACAUGGAAGGUAUCGGACAAGUGGCUCAAUUAUGCCGGGGCACACGAGCACGCACCCUGCGUGCUGAGUCCGGCUGACUCUGAAUUUCAAACAAAUGGAGGGCUUUCUGAAGUUUUCUGGUGUGACCACGCCAUAAGCUCUUUAUACAGAGUCAUGAUAGACCAGCUUUUGGGAGCAGACAUCGUCGGUGGUCGCUUUCGCGAGCUCAGAAUGCGACUGGAAAGUAUUGCGACUAUCCAGAUCUCUCAGAUGGCCAAAGGCGUGCAGGUAGCUCCGACUUCCCAACCUGGAGAGCUGAAAGUAACCUGGAAAUCCGCCGAACAAGCCGACAUAUACUCGGCAGAAUCACCUCAGGAAACCCUCGUCAUUCUUCAUCGAAAAGACACUUGUGCAGAGAAGGCGACGUUGAAGUUGUUUGAAGAAGAUGCCUCUAAGUGUCAGUGCCUCUCGCUGAGCGUUCCCCAUUCUUGCAGAAAAGCUCUGUUCAACGGGCUCGAGGAAACUCUAGAAUACUUCCCAAUGAUUUGUAGAGCGGAACAAGGCGCGUUCUUUGCCGUUCCACCUCCUGCAGUGCGACCGAUAGCUCGAAUGAAAAAUUCAAUCCCCCUCCUUUCGUCCCUAGCAUUGGUAGUCGAUGACGACGCUUUCCUCGGCUCGUAUUCAGACUCAGAUACAGAUGACACGGAACUGGAUAUCCCCAGCCCAGUCGGUUCUUCACUGGAGUCUUCAAUGGUUGUUGGUGGUACACCUAGGAAAAUCCCGGCUUUGAAGGCUCCACCAACAAGCCUUGUCGCGAACGAAGAGAGUGCUGUCUCGCCCAAUACAACGUGGAGUAAGUGCACGAUUCAUGAACAAACACACCUAUAG